AUGGACAACAGUAAGUCAAAUGAGGAAGAUGAUCCGAAAGAAAGUUGGUUUUUCGCCAUAUUUUGGACCACCCUACUCCAGACUCUAUUUCCCUCUAGAAAUAUAUCUGAACUGGUAAUAUGUGAUACAAUUGGACCAAUACUCGCAGCUAGAGUGUAUUUCCCGGAAGGUACGCCCUGUGGUAUGUAUAAAUACCCCGUAUCGGGAGUAUAUCAGAUGUCGAAGGAGUUAAAUAAAUACAUAAGUCCAAGUAUACCUAUACCACCCAAAAACUAUAUUAUCUUAAUAAAAAGGACCAAACAUAGAAUUUUAGUUCAGCACGACGAAAUAGCUUCAUUUCUCAAUGAUAUUGCGAAACAGAACGAUAUGGAACUUUUCAUUUACGCAGACGACAACCUUCCAUCAUUCUCUGACACGAGAAAAUUGUUCCACCAAGCCAGACUCGUGGUUGCACCACAUGGAGCUGGACUAGCGAACACUUUGUUUUCUACUCCGGGUUUGUUUGUGAUUGAGAUAGUGUGUAACCAUCCUCAUCUGAAUUUAUGCUACAGAGAGUUAGCAAUUUCCCUCGGUCAUCAUUAUCAUGGUGUAUCCUCGCAGUUCGGUUGUGAAUCUACACUGAACGUCGAUGUCAACGAAGUAAAAGAAGCCAUUCAGUUCUAUAUAAAACAUAUUGUUAAAAAGACGAAAUCAUGA